CCUACUCCAGGUGUGGGGAGUUUAGGAGGUGUCUGCUCUUUGUCACUGCAGAGUCUGAGCCUCCCAAAAUAGGAAUGAAAUAUUUCCUUGCCAAGCAAGCGUUAUCGCGGGCCUGUCUGGUAGGACAGAGAGAUGAACUGACUAGCCCAGGGUCAUGCCAGGAGCUUGUGACAUUGCUGGGAACUGAACCAAGUCCUCCUGGUCAGCAGAUCAGUGCUGUCACCGUCAUUUGUUGGGACUGAGAGGGUCACUGACCUAGUGGAGAAGCAGGGGACGUGAUAUAUCUUGAUUUUUAGUACGGCAUUUGACAUAGUCCCACGUGACAUUCUCACAAGCAAACUGCAGAAUGUGGUCUAGAUGAAAUUACUAUAAGGGCUUGUCUACACGGGGGAAUGGACUGGAAUAGCUCCCGGGGGCCGAGCUGUUCCGGUAUAGCUCCCCUUGUUCCAGAAGUGGAUGAAGCUGAACCAGAACGAGGUGGAGACACAGCAGUCUCGCUGCUGAUUGUCCAGAAAAUGGCAGAAGAGAGCGCCGAAGCGACAAGCGAUACCAGUAGAGGGGUUAAUGACUCAAUGCUGCCGGGUCACGGACAAGAGGAAGGAAGGAGAAGAGAUGUGGAUUUCAGCCUAAAAUGCAUUAAAGAUAAACGGAUCCCAAUUACCGUUACUGUCGUCAUCACAGCGUUGAUCAUCACCAUAAUUGCACUGGCGGCCAAGAAGAUGCCCCCCUGCCCACGCUGCCCACCCCAUGUCACUGCUGCAUGCCCGGACGGCUGGGUUGGAUUCCAAGGGAAAUGCUACUACUUCUCAGAGACUGAAGGGAACUGGAGCACCAGCCAGAGCCACUGCUCUUCCCUCAACGCCUCCCUGGCUUCCAUUGACUCCCUGCCGGAGCUGGAUUUCAUGCAGCGCUAUAGAGGGAUCCCUUACCGCUGGAUUGGCCUCCAGAGGGAACCAGGCGAGGGCCAGCCCUGGAAGUGGACCAACGGUACCAUAUUCAACAACCUGUUUCAGGUCAGAGGGGAAGGGCAGUGCGCCUACCUGAAUGAACAUGGGAUCAGCAGCUCCAGGUGCUACUCAGACAGACAUUUCAUCUGCAGCUGGCCGGACCAGUGCUCUAGAAGGAAGCCAAGCGCCGCAGGAGGGGACACAAUGUCUAAGAUCACGUAAAGGGUCAAUGCAGCCUCUUCAGUGGAUGCAGAACUUACACAUUCAUCAUCUCUUGCAGAGCAUCGUACCUCUCCAACCAUUGCUCCCUCCAGAUCCCUGCUGAAAAACCAUCUUUACAAUGCUCACAACACUAACUCUACUGCACAAUAACACCAUUGACAUGGUACUAAUGAACAGGGGGUUUAGAGGUUUAAAUCUAAUAUUCUGUUAAUACGUGAAGUGAAUAAGUUAUUUAGAUUAUGAAGAAUCCCUGCUUUUAUUUAAAGAAGAGUAUGUGUCUAGCUCGCUUGGUUAUGAAUAUACCCUGGCAAAUCAAACAGAGCCUGAGUCAGCCGAGAGCUUGAAACAAUAACUCAGAAAAGUGCCCCAUUUAAUGUAUUGACACGUUGACUCUGGAACCUAGUGUCGACACUGACUUCUUUCUUUUUCCUCUACGCUGCUUUUCCUGGUGAGGGUCGCGGCAGCAGCAUGGAGAGUAGGGAGGACCAGACCUCCCUUUCCUCCACAACAGGUUCCAGCUCCUCCUGGAGGAUUCCCAGGCCAGCCGGGAAAUAUAAUCCCUCCAGCGUGUUCUGGGUUGGCCUCGGGGCCUCCUCCCAGUGGUACAGGUUCAGUAGAGUUCCAAAGGAAGCCUACCAGGGGGUAACCUUACCCUGUCUCAGACAGUAAGCCCAGCAACCCUGCGGAGAAACCUCAUUUCCGCCGCUUGUACCUGUGAUCUCGUCCUUUCAGUCAUUACCCAAAGUUCAUGGCCAUAGGUGGGGAUGGGGACAUAGAUUAAACUGUAAACCGAGAGCUUCAUCUCAGAACUCAGCUCCAACUUCCCCACCACAGAUCGGCACAGUGGCCUCAUCACUGCCACCACCUCCCCAAUCCGCCGGUAGAUCUCCCGCUCCCAUUUACCAUCACCAAGUGGUGAUUGGUUGAUAGCUCUGCCCGUCUCUGCACCCGGGUGUCCAGAACAUAUAGACUCCCUCCGAGGAUCGUUACCUUGUCGUGGUGGAGGGGCUUGCGUGUUCCGGUGAACCCCAGGGCUAUGUCGUCUGGAGCCCAGUGCUCCUGGGAGGGUCACCCUAGACCAACAGGUCUGGGGGGAGGUUCCAGACUAAAAACGAUCCCGCGCCAAGAUGCUCAUGAAAGCCCAACAAAUGAGCACGCGAACCUUGCCUGGAUUAGGAAUAUCGCACCCACCCCUGAAGCCAGGCCUGGGGGUGGUGUUAGUGAGUGUCUGAUGGCCAGGCAACCCAUGUAACCCGGCCGGGCCUAGCCCGAAAAGGGGACGUGGGCUCAGCACCCGCGAGGCAAAGGGUGGGGGUUGGGUGCGAUGUCCGAAUGGCAGCAGGAGGGAUGGACCACGCUGGGCUGGCCUCCGCGAUGGAGACUGGCCUGACACUAACAUGCAGGCAGAGGCAGCUGUUCUUUGAGCUAAAGAACCAGACUUGUGAACAGCAGCUACUACAGGGGGACAGAGACCCUGAGUGUGGGAUACAGACCCUUACAGUUGGGAAAAGGCCAAAGAGACUGAACCAAAGUCGGGGUAAGAAGUAGCCAAUGGAUCUUGGAAACAUCAUUUGAAGCUGGGACUGGACGACACGGGAUGGAUCACUUGAUAAUUGCCCUGUUCUGUUCAUUGCCUCUGAAGCAAUUGCCACCAGCAACUGUGGGAAGACAGGACACUGGGCUAGAUGGAGCAUUGGCCUGAGAGAGAGGGAGUGUGUGUGUGUGUGUGUGUGUGUGUGUGUGUGUGUGUUUUUGAGUAGAUCUGAUCAGAAUUUGACAAGAAACAUUUUUUAACAGUGUUUUCUCCAGGAUUUUUUUUUGCCAUCCUUUAUUUAUUUAUUUUUAUUCUGACUGAAAUUGUGAAUGGGAGAGACUUAGCAUCUCUCAUCAUGUGCAUUUAAUUCAUUGCUCUGAGCUAAGAUUGUUUGGGUCGGGAGAGCUCCUGGAAGGGUUUAGUCACUUCCCCUGGGCUGUGUAAAUACCAGAGUAACCCAUAAUGACUCCCAGUCAGGAACCAAAUUAGUGGCCAGGUUUUCAAUAGAUUCAUGUAGGUUAAGGCUAGAAGGGACCAUUAAAUGAUCUAGUCUGGCCUCCUGCCUAGUACAGGCCAGAGAACUUCCCCCACUUACCCCUGUAUUGAGCCCAAUAACUUGUGUUUGGCUAAAGUCUAUCUUCCAGAAAGGCACCAGUCCGGCGUCCGGCACACCAACGCCAUAUACAAUGAGCUGAGCUGUUCUGAAACUCUGCCCUAAGGGUCACAAGAGGAGCUGUCAUGGUGGUUGAGGGAAAUCUGAGGGUCCUUAACUUGGAGCAGAAACUAAAGCAAAAAACAAACAAAACACAAACAGAAACCUGAACCCAAGUCGUAGAUUCCAAGGCCAGAAGUGACUGCGGUGGUCAUGUCAUAUGAUACAGGCCAGAGACCUGCCCCCAAAUAAUUCCCGCUUAAGCCGGGCCUUCCAUUUUGGAUUACUCUGGUGUUUAAAAUAGACAAGUAAAUAAACCUGUGUUUUGCUGGGAGGAAAAAUCAACCAACCAACCCUACUUCUUCUCACUUUUAAAAACUCUUUUUCCCACAUUGGGAGGGAGGGAUGGGGAAAAUAUUUGUUUAAAGAGAGACCGUAGUGGGGGAGGGGCGAGUUCUUUCCAGAGUUUUUCAUUUCAAAAUCUUUUGUCCAAACAAAGAAAAAGAAAUGAAAUUCAACCCAAAUGAACACAUUGGGGAGGGGGAAAGGGGGCUAGACAUUUUCUUUUUGUAAAAAAGUUAUUUUCUGUUUAAGAAAAAUGUUUUGAUGGCAAGUUUUUGAUCUGGUCUAUUGAUUUGUAGAUAAAUUACAUGUUUUUCUUCCCUUCCCCUUAACAUAGAUUCCCUGCUGUGAAUUGCUUAUAAUCUAAGGACAAAGUGUGCCUUCCCUGUUUGGAAAGUGCCUUGUACAGGGCAGCCUGUAAAUUGCAGGGCAGGAAAUGGUUUUCCCAUACGACAAAAAAUAUUGAUAUAACAAAAAAAUUCUGUCCCAAAUCGGGAUGAAACCAUUCCACAAUAUCCCAAACAAGCGGAGAGCAACCCACUCCCCCAACAGUGAGUGCACUCACCUGAGAGGUAGGAGAUACAAGUAAGUCCCCGCUCUGAAUGGGACAGAUCAGGGACUUGACCGGGGUUUUUUUCACAGCCCAGGUGAGGGCCCUGACCCCUGGGCUAUUCUCACAUGGUCUGUCCUGGCUGUGAGAACUCGUCCCAAGGAAAGUUUCAACAAACCAGCUCUGUUUCCGCAAAAAGUUUUGCGUUCACUGAAUCGGCAUUUUCAAACCAAAAGCUGCUUUAUCAAAAGAUUCCUGACCAGCACUAGUGGGACUCUCCCAGAAACAGAUAAUGAGGCUGGCAUUUGUUAGGACAGCAAUAACACACAGCAAUAACACACAGCACACUCUGGAGGGUGCAAAAAAGGAGCCUGACAGAAGUUCUGAUCCAAACCUUAUUGAAGUUACUGGAAAAACUCACAGGACCAGAUCCUCAAAGGUGGUAGAUGAGAACCUAAAUACCUUUCAGGUUCUGGGCCCCAUUAACUUCACAAAAAGAAGAACAGGAGUACUUGUGGCACCUUAGAGACUAACAAAUUUAUUAGAGCAUAAGCUUUCGUGGACUACAGCCCACUUCUUGUUAGUCUCUAAGGUGCCACAAGUACUCCUGUUCUUUUUGCGGAUACAGACUAACACGGCUUCUACUCUGAAACCUGUCAUUAACUUCACUGAGCAGCCCCCUUUGACGCUGUCAUACCAGUAUCCCCUGUACAGGACUGCCCCCUAGAGACUGAAUUACAAAUUAUUAUUGUAAUGUAUGAUACUUAGAGUUCACAUUGUGCUAGACUCUGUAAAAUACCUUACUCUGACCAUGUGCUCUACCUGUUGCCGUUUGUCUUACGCUUGUCUGUUCUGUGUUUGUACAGCCCCUAGCACAGCUGAGUCAUGCUCCAUGACGGGCUAAGUGCCACUGCAGCACAAAUGCAAUAGCACCGUCGGUCUUUACAGUGCAUGGUCUGUGCGCCGGUGAGUUCUUUGAUGGCUGCUGAGUCCGAUGGGCGAGUGACAGACCAGUCCACAGGUACGACACACCCACACAUUAGCAACGCUCUGAAUCCAAGCAGCAGAUUCUUUCCUCCUCCGAUGCCGGUCAUCACAAAGCUUGAUCCAAUCCGCCUCGCUCCACCUACAAGCUAACUCUGCCAACCGGCGCGGCAUUCUGCGUUCCUUUCCCAAUCAUCCACAGAGAUUCCAAAGGACACUACGUCAGGACAUUAAACUGCAGCAAGGAAGAUUUAGGUUGGACAUUAGGAAAAAGUUCCUAACUGUCAGGGUGGUUAAACACUGGAAUAAAUUGCCGAGGGAGGUUGUGGAAUCUCCAUCUCUGGAGAUAUUUAAGAGUAGGUUAGAUAAAUGUCUAUCAGGGAUGGUCUAGACAGUAUUUGGUCCUGCCAUGCGGGCAGGGGACUGGACUCGAUGACCCCUCGAGGUCCCUUCCAGUCCUAGAAUCUAUGAAUAAAAGAAUCCCGGAAUCUGCGCAGCGGUCUGCCUCUCUUUCUAGACCCUUCGCAAGCAUCAAAGUCCUGCAAACUCUUCGGGAUCCUGUAAUCCGGCAUUUGUGUGACAUGACCAAGCUGCCUGAGUCCUUUCUUACUAAUUAACGUUCCCAUAAAUGACAUGCCAGCACGAUUUAGCACUUGCACAUUUGUCACCCCGUCUUGCCGUCUUCUUUGAAGAAUUUUACUCAAGCAUCUGACAUGGAAGCUGGUUAGUCUCCUGGUAUGUUUGGCGUAAGUUGUCCAUGUUUCUGAGUCAUACAGAAGCGUGGAUAACACACAUGUCUUAUAAAUACAGAUUUUCACUUUAAUGGACCAUUUGUUAUUGUUCCAGGCUCUGUCUUGCAAAAGACAAAGGUUCCCGGCUGCUUCGCUGAUUCUGCUAGUGAGCUCAGUGUCAAGAUCUACAUGGCUGGUAACAGUAGAGCCAAGGUAGCAAAAUUGGUCCUCGCCAUCCAGACGAACACCCCCUAAGGUGAUAUCUGGAACUGGCUCUGAAGAGCCCUGGGGCGUGAAAACUGUCUUCUUCAAGCUUCUUGCUAGCCCAGAGAUUUUGCAUGAAUCAGAGACCUUGGUAAUAAUGUUGCAGAACAUCAACACGGUGAGCCACAGGGGCUGCAUCAUCUGCAAACAACAGGUCCCGUAUGAUGAUCUCCUUCACCUUCCUCUUAGCUCUGCACCGUGCAGUGUUAAACCCACCUCCGUCCUGUCUGGUGCUAGUACAGACACCCCCUCGGACAUCACGGAACGCACGUUCCAGCAGGAGUGGGCAGUAAAUACUAAACGAUGUAGGAGCCACUAUGCAGCCCUGCUGCACUCCAUUGUUGAUAAGCGACGUUAAAUGACUGGGGGUAAGUGUCACUUGUAAUACCAAUAAAUAAUAAUAGACAAACAUAACAAAGAGCUGCCCCAAAGAGUUUACAAUCUAAGUGUAAGACAACAGUCAGGGAGAGAACCAGAAAACAAUGAGAGGAGAUUGUUGCGGGACUUUCAUUCUAGCAGUCUAAGCCAGUGGUUUUCAACCUGUGCUCCGGGGACAGCUGGGGGUCCGUAGAUGAUGUCUAAGGGGUCCGCAAACGGUUGUUGUUACUAUAGAACAGUGGUUUUCAACCUGUGGUCCGCAGAACCCUUGGGAUCCGCAGACCAUGUCUAAGAUUUACAAAGGGGUCUGCACCUCCAUUCGAAAUGUUGUAGGGCUCUGCAAAUGAAGAAAGGUUGCAAAGGGGGCAGCGAGGGUGCCCGGGGCAUGAGGUCUCACAUUCCAGCACGUGUCACACUGGUCACUAAUGUCAUUGUGAAACACACGUACGGCUGGUGUGCAAGCAGUUCUGUGUAAACACCGACCGUUAUGGUCCCAGUGUCUGUGUCUAGGUGGGGGGUCACCGGCAAAGCUGUGAACCAGGUUUUCUGUCAGACAAAGGCCGUUUCUGUCUCUCUGGUUGUUGACAGGUAAAUUAAGUGUGGGAUAGUUCACAGUGGGGCUCCUCUCCCGGGUCUGAACCAAACGCCGAGGAAGGAUGGGGGGGAACCACACAGAGAGAAAAGUAACAGGAUGGACAGUGUCAGUUACGCUGCUUCUACCUCCAUUAAUAACUGGAAAUUAAACCCUGUCGCUGUAUCAGGAACGUCAAUGGCCUGUUGCUACUGGAGUCACUGAGUGCAUAGAAAUUGGCCCCAGCUUCUGGGCAAAUGCGCUGAGUGAUGCAUUUGGUCUGUAAUAACGUGUAUGUACGUGUCUGUCUCACUUGUGUCUGAAUUCUGUUUAUAUUUAUAUGUAAUAUAUUAACCGACUUUUGGGGGGGGGGUUAAGUAGCAUGGGGGAAACUCUCUCUUGUGGGAUUUGCAGGAUCUAAAGUUUUCCUAAAUCUUCCUCACCCUCACCCAAUAAAUGUGCUGUUUUGUCAGAUGCCACUUGGUAGUUUGCGAAUCCCCACCUGACUCGUAGAGAUGUGCCUGUCCUGCAGCAGUCCUUGCAUUCAGAGGUGUGUGUUUAUUGCCGCUGG